AUGCCACUGGAUGGGAAGAAGGAGGCCUUUGGUGACCUGCCCAAGAGAGGAGAGCGAGGGGUGGGGCGGAGGAUCCAGGCCGCGCCCGCCCGAGGGGCAGGGGCGUCUCUCCGCGGGAGUCACGCGACCCCCGUGCCCAAUCGCCAGCCUCUGCCAGCCCCCAGCCCCCAACAGCCGGCCCCCGCCCCUCCCCAGGCCCCGCUCACCUGCCGGGGCCGCAGCCGCAGCAGCCGCGGCGGGGUAAGCACGACCAGCGCCGCACUUCCGGGUCCCGCGAGGCCCGCCCCCAGCUACCGGAAGUGCCCCCUCCGACGUCCGGGCGCUGGGCCACGGUCGCCCAGCUACCGCAACGGGCGCCGCGCGGAGCUCCGCGUCACUGCCACGCCGUUCCCCCGCCAGCCCAACACACACAUUCCCGUUGCUGGGGACCCAAAACGGAUGCGCAAAAGGGAGAACUGGACCCCAGCACCUAACAAACAAGGCGCCAAGCUCUCCUUUCCCCUGAGGAACCACAUGGAUAUGAUCUAUGUCGGCACCAUCGGCAUAGGCACGCCCCCUCAGAACUUCUCGGUGGCCUUUGACACAGGCUCCACAGACCUCUGGGUGCCCUCCAUCUACUGCCCGAGCCCUGCCUGCGGUGAGUGCGCCCCCUGGCGGCGUUCAACCAUCGAUCCCAGACUCUCCUCCAGCUUCCGGAACUCCAGCCGCCCCAUGAACGUGGUUUAUGGCUCGGGCAGGAUGUCUGGCAUCAUCUGGAAUCUCAUUGCCGUGAGCCAGGGAUUUGGUCUGAGCAUGGUGGAGCCAGGGUAUGAAUUUGUCCUUACAUCCUUUGAUGGCAUCCUGGGCCUGCCAUACCCUGGCCUUGGCACCAAAGGGAUCACUCCCUUCUUUGACACCUUGUGGGAGCAAAACCUCAUCUCAGAAAAUGUCUUUGCCUUCUAUCUGAGCAGAGAAAUGAAGGAGGGCAGCACUGUGAUGCUCGGCGGGGUGGACCACUCCUACUACACCGGGGAACUGCACUGGAUCCCCGUGACCAGAACUACCAGGCGCCAGUUCUGGCAGAUCACUGUGGACAGCAUCUCCAUGAACGGAAAGGUAGUGGCCUAUCACGGUGGCUGCCAGGCCAUACUGGACACCGGCAUGUCCCUGCUGUUGGGCCCACAGAGAGACAUCCGGAACAUCCACAGCAUCCUCCAGGCCCAGCAGACCUUCGCCCACAGGGUCACCAUCCCCUGUGACAACAAGAACACUAUGCCCGACCUGGUCUUCACCAUCAACCGUGUCAACUACUCAGUGUCGGCCAGCGCCUACCUGCGUCAGGACACAAACUACUACUACUACUACUACUAUUCUAUAGCCAUCCCUGAAAUAGAAGUGGGCCGGGCAGACGGCAUGAGGGGCAACAGAUGGAACUCCUGCAUCAGCAACCUUGACUGGAUGGAGCUGGCCUGGUACCAAAAGGAGCCCUGGACCCGGGGAGAUGUCUUCCUGCGCCUCUACUUCUCUGUCUUUGACCGGGGGAACAACAGAGUCGGCCUGGCAACGGCAGUCUAA